CCUCUGAUACUACGCUUUCCUCAGUUGACCCAAGAGGUAUGAAUGAAACCUGACUGCACGUUUUAAGGAUGGUGCUAGCUGUGCGGGGUAACCUUAUGUGUCUGAAAUGGAGUUCUGACCUGCAACAAUGUGAUCCUCACUGCUGAAGAUGCCAAAUGUGAACAGAACAUGAACCGAAGGAUGACAUGGCCAGCCUGUAAGGAACAGGAGUGCUCGAGUGUACUGGCAGACGGUUGAUGUUUCCAUGGUGUGUGUGUGAGGGAGCAGCGCAGCAGUGGAUCCCCAGUGGGCUCAGCACCAGCCCGGGCUCCCAUCAGGCUAUGGGCCCGAGAGGCUCCAGACCAAUAACUACUGUGUGGUGCUCUGUAUUCAGAUGAGCCUGCUCUGCUUCGACCUGUUUGUCAACUCCUGCGGUGAACUGAUCCGCUAUGAGCCCGCCAACCAGCUCAUGCUCUUUAUUGUCCAGGACAUCUCCAUUCUGCUGAACCUGAUCAUUAUCCUGCUGAUGCUGUUUAACACAUACGUCUUCCAAGUGGGGCUGGUGUCUGUGUUACUGGAGCGUUUCCGGGCUCUGCUCAUGCUCUCGGUGCUUUACUUGACCUUCAGUAUCACGCUACACUGCUGGCUCAUGAAUCUACGCUGGUUUAACACUAACACAUAUAUUUGGACGGACGGACUGCAAGUGCUGUUUAUGCUUCACAGAACAGCUUCAGUGCUGUACUAUUAUUUCUACAAACGCACGGCCGAGUGUCUGGGAGACCCACGGCUCUACGAGGAUUCACCCUGGCUCCAGGAUAUUUUCACUCGGGUCAGACACCAGGGCUCCUUUUUGAACAGCCAGCAGCACUGA